GUACGACGUACAGUAGUAGUGAACUUCGACAACUUCGUCGUUUAGGCAGGUCGUUCACUGUUCAGGGACAAUGUUUAUUUUAAUAAAUUCGUAGCUCAUUUGCAAGUAGUUAUAGCCGUAUUCUAUUACGUGAACAUUCCUUCUAAUAAGUAGUUUGUUUACUUCAGUUGUACGCUAGAAUUGUCGUUUGUUUUUAAACAUGUCUCGUAGACCUCAUAUAAAAUCGCGUAUAAAAGUGUGUGAUAAAUCUGUUUUCCACCUUCAAGAUAAAAAGGCAGACGAAAGCGUGUUGACGAAUGGUCUGAUUCAGUCAGCUAAGCGUACGGGGCAGCUCAACCUAAGCGGGCGCGGCCUGGGGACUGUCCCAGAAAAUGUGUGGAAAAUAGAGGAGCUGGUGCUAGAGGAUGUGAAAGAAGUGGAUUUUGCCCGAGAGGACCGGCACAACUGGUGGAACAGUGAGCCUCUGAAGUUCCUGGACCUCAGUUCCAAUGCCAUUGCUGCCAUUCCCCCCGAAGUCAAACUCUUGCAGGAUCUUGUCACUUUAAAGCUUCAUGACAAUGCAUUAACCUGCCUGCCCAAUGAAAUAGGCGAGCUGAAAAACCUGUCAAACCUCAGCCUGAACCAUAACAAGCUGGUGGCUCUGCCGACAUCCUUCUUCAGGCUUGGUGAGCUCCGUUGGCUCAGCCUCGCUCACAACCGGCUUGAGAAGAUACAACCAGACUUUGGGGAUCUGGUUAUGUUGACUUUUCUGGAUCUUUCCCACAACAAACUCGCCACCUUACCCCCGGGUAUGGGCUACCUAGUGCGCUUAGUGGAGCUCAAUCUGUCACACAACCAGCUGCAGGAGCUGCCACCUGACAUCGUCAAUUUAAGAGACCUAAAGAAGAUGAAUAUAAGCAAUAACAAUCUACGCUCGCUGCCAGCACUUGGAGAGCUGAGAAGAAUGGAAAUACUAGACGCGAACCACAACGAUAUUCAGGAGUUGCCUGACUUCUACGGGUGUACAGCUUUAAAAGAGAUCUAUUUGGCUAAUAACUACAUUAAGGAAAUAACGGAAGAAUUUUGCGAUCAAAUGCAGCACCUGAACGUGCUGAACAUCAGAGACAACCAACUGGAGGUGUUACCGGAGAAUGUCUCUUUGCUACAGAAGCUAAAACGACUGGAUCUUAGCAAUAACAGUCUGAACAAGCUACCCAAAAACCUCGGCCUCCUAACCCAACUGCAAAGCAUCAGCAUGGACGGCAACAGGCUGUCCUUCGUGCGGCAAGACGUGAUCCGCGGCGGCACCGACCGCAUGAUGAAGUUCCUCCGCGACCGCAUGCACGAGGAGAUCCAAGCCGAAACCAGGGUCAAUGAAGACCAGUGGCCGGACAAGUUCACGCUAAAAAAGAACCAAGCCCUAAUGUUACCCGGCCGAGAAUUGAGGACGGUUCCUGACGAGGUGUUCAGCAACGCGGCCGAAGCGCAAGUGCACAUCGUCGACAUAUCCAAGAACAAUUUGACACAAGUGCCUAUAGGCAUAUGCAUCGUGCGAGAGACGUUAUCGCAACUUGUCUUAUCUUCGAACCACCUUUCCGAAUUGCCCGCGGAGGUGGGGCAAUGCAAGCACCUGCAACUGCUGGACGUCAGCAAGAACAGCCUGAGCGAGCUGCCGCCUGGGCUGGAGGCUCUGAAGGAUUUGAGGGAGCUCGUCAUAUCCAACAACAAGUUCACCCACAUCCCACAUUGCGUGUACUCGCUGGAGAACCUCGAGAUCCUACUAGCGGCCGAGAACAAGAUCAGCGAGAUCAACGUCUCGUCGGACGCGCUGGCGAAGCUGCCUCGCCUCGCCGUGCUGGACCUCGCCAACAACAGCAUCGCCAGCGUGCCGCCCGAGCUCGGCAACUUCACACACCUCAGGUCUCUCGAGCUGAUGGGCAACGUGUUCCGUCAGCCCCGCCACGCCAUCUUGGAGAAAGGCACCGCCUCAAUACUGGCGUACCUCCGCGACCGCAUCCCCGCCAAGUAACGCCUGACUGGCGGCCGCGGGGC